UAAAGGAGAUGGCCAGAGGCUGCGGACACAAUACAGGAGAUGACCAGAGACUGCGGACACAGUACAGGAGAUGACCAGAGACUGAGGACACAGUACAGGAGAUGACCAGAGACUGCAGACACAGUACAGGAGAUGACCAGAGACUGCGGACACAGUACAGAUGACCAGAGACUGCGAUGACCAUUCACAAAGCGAAGCGCAUGCGCAAAGCCAGCGUGGGAAGACUGUGCAGCGCUGGAGCGAGGAACAGGUAAGGCCCUCCAGGAGACAACAGCUGAGCGGCCGGCCCGGU